CUGCAACAACGGCACGUGUGCGGGCAGAGGAGAGAGAGAGAGAGAGAGAGAGAGAGAGAGCGUCGUUUUGUCAGCCAAAAGGUUCUGCUGGAAGGAAUGGUAGGCACUGCUUGUUGAAAGCAGAAGAGAAAAGGAAAUGGCGAUUUCGGGAGAUUUGAAGGUGGCUGCGACCUUGGCUCCUUAUCCUGCACACCCCCUCAGACACUUCCUGCUUCCUCCUUCAAAGGUAGGAUUUAGCAGUUUUGUUACUGGACGAUCUAAUGUUCUUGAGAUGUCACCCAAAUGCACUCGUGUAGAACUUGGAGCUCAUAAUACAAUGCGACAUUGCCACCGAUGUCUUGGGAUAAUGGGUGACAAGGUCUCCUUCCCCAAAACAAUAAACCAAGAAGUCGAGGGCUUCCUCCUUGAUGCCAUAAACAUGAGCUUCUUUGAGCGUUUGAACUUGGCCUGGAAGAUACUAUUCCCAUCGGUUACUGCUCAGAGAAACUCCAAUGCAAGGAUAGCCAAACAGCGACUAAAGAUGAUACUCUUCUCUGACAGAUGUGCUGUCAGCGAUGAAGCUAAGCGAAAAAUUGUCAGCAACAUUGUGGGUGCUUUAUCUGAUUUUGUCGAGAUAGAUUCUCAGGACAAAGUUCAACUAAGUGUCUCAACGGAUCCUGAUCUUGGGACGGUGUACUCUGUAACUGUCCCAGUACGGCGUGUGAAGCCUGAGUAUCAGGAUGAUGAUGAAGAUUUCAGGGGAAUAACAAGCAUUGAGUACAAAGAUACUGGAGAAAAGUCGGGCUCUGUUGAUGUCAGGUUUGAUUUCUUCAUACCCAAUGACAAAAUUCAGUAAAUGAGUGGCUCUCUAAAGAGUAAUUGGGACAACAUUGUUGGGCUUUUAUGUUUAGAUUGUUCUUUUCAGUUGGGGCCAAAAAAAUAAAAUAAAAUUGUUGUCAUGUUUAUGACUAAAGAUGAAACAGGUUCUUCUAGAGCAAUUAUUUCUCAUUUCAGCUGUUUGGAUUUGGGAAGCUUUUGAUCAUUUACUUUGUAUAUAUUGGAAGUUUGCUGUAAGAUGGAGUUUCUGCUACCUUUGAAAUGUUUAAUUCUGAUUGGCUGACAUAUUGUAUGCAAUCCUAAGCAUCUCAACCUUUGCCAAAUCCAAGCUUGUUUUGUGCUUA